AUGACGGCCACCGGCUAUAUUGCAGCUAGUAUGUGCCUCCUUGGAGUGCUUGGCGCAUUAAUGACGAUCAGUUACAUAGUCAACGAUAUCUCUUCACUGCGUGAAGAGGUCACUGUGGGCUUGGACGAGUUCCGAGUGAUUGCCGAAGAUACCUGGGACCGACUGAUGGCAUUGCAAAGUCUUACUGGUCAAUCAGCUAGCGUCAUGAGCAGUCUAUUUCGUCAAAAGCGCUACAUAUAUCCGGGAAUGUGUGGCUGCAAAGAGAACUCGAACGGGUGUCCGGCUGGUCCCCCAGGAAUGCCUGGAUCACCAGGACCACGAGGGGAAGAAGGUAUGCCUGGUAAUGACGGUCAACCAGGAGCACACGGAAUAACACUUGCAGUAACACACGAUAUGCCUGGAGGAUGCUUGAAAUGUCCACCUGGACCUCCUGGGCCAAACGGACCAGAUGGACCACCAGGAGAACAAGGUUUCGCAGGGUCGGUAGGAAUCACUGGGCCACCUGGAGAAGAUGGAGAUAUUGGUCUACAAGGUCAGCCGGGCGAACAAGGACCACCUGGGCCGCCAGGAUUUGAUGGUAUAUCUGGUCCUGAUGGAAUGUCUGGAACUACCUCGUUUCCAGGAGCACCUGGGCAGCCAGGAGAACCUGGAUGGGCUGGGGAAACAGGCCUACCUGGUAAAGCUGGUGAGGCCGGUAUGGAUGGAAAUCCAGGUGUUCCUGGUCCACCUGGGUUGCCAGGAAAUCCUGGUCAUGAUGCAUUCCCCGGGAUGCCGGGACAGAUGGGCAAGCCUGGAGAUCCUGGAGAAGACGCUCAUUACUGCAACUGCCCUCAGCGACAAGAGAAAGCAGACCUUCCACAGCUUGCCAGCCCACCGAAUGACAUUGGUUAUCUCAAACGACGCAUAUGA